GACGUCCCAGCAGGUGAUUGGCUGGGACUGACCCUCUCCCCAUUCCCAUGUGCUACUGCUCCAUUCACAUUUAAAACCUGACAACCAAACCUAUUCGCACUGAUACAAGAAGAUCCCAAAUGGACCAAGUCAAAUACACGGGAGAGCUGGUGCACACCGAGGAUAUGGGAUCAAGAAGUUUGAGCAAGGAAACGGUGAAAAAGCUGAUCCACCACUCUCAUGAGGCAAAGAAGCAAGCAUACUGCCCUUACAGCAAAUUCAGGGUUGGAGCUGCUCUCUUGACCGUUGACAACUGCUUGUUCACAGGAUGCAAUGUGGAGAAUGCGUGUUACAACCUGGGAGUAUGUGCUGAGAGGAAUGCCAUUUCAAAAGCUGUGUCUGAAGGUUACACUGCAUUCAAGGCCAUCGCAAUUGCCAGUGACUUGAGUGACCAAUUCAUCUCUCCAUGCGGUGGCUGCAGGCAGUUCAUGAGAGAGUUUGGGUCCAGCUGGGAUGUUUACCUGUCAAAGCCGGAUGGGACGUACACGAAGAUGAGCGUCAACCAGCUCCUGCCAGUCUCAUUUGGUCCUGAAGACCUGGACAUGAAAAAAGCACUGGACAUACCCAAUGAGUACUGAACCAGCAAUUAACUGGAACUUAAACUGCCCUUACCGCAACUGUCGGCAAUUCUGUCGUGUAGACUCGUCAAUACUACAAGUGCUGA